AAAAUAACGAUACUGCCCAACCGGUUGAACGGAAACGAGCUGAGCAGAUGCGGUAGAGCAAUUGCGGAUCAAUCACCCAAAGCUUGGGGAAGGCAAGAGACUUCCGGAAUUUCCUGGAUAAGUAUAAAAUGUGGAGCUGCCAGUCGGACACAAGCAUUCUGCAAGCUGCAUCAAUUCAAAAUGAGGCUGCAUCUCAUACCACUGGUUGGACUCCUGGCACUGAUUAUGGCCCAAUCUCAAGUACUCCUCCCGGGAUUUCGCGUGCGACAGGUUCCUGUGCUCGACAUGGGCAAGAUCCGAGUGGUGCAGUACCUGGACGCGGCCUCCACAGUCACUCCAGAGCUGGUAAAGGAUCAGUUCAGCAGGCGAUUCACUACGCUGGCCAAGCCCUUGGUCAGUGGUGCUGCUCCCCAAACCAGCCUCCCAAACUUGUAAUUUAUUAUGAUUGCCUAAGAGUCAAUUUGAUAAGCGAAUAUAUAAAUAU